AUGACCUCCUCACGCCCACCACCCGAGUCUGCCAUGGACCUCCGAGACCGCCCAUCUCACGCCCACCACCCGAGUCUGCCAUGGAUCUCCGAGAACCGCCCAUUCCCACCGCCCACCACCGAGUUCUGCCAUGACCUCCGAGACCGCCCAUAUCACGCCCACCACCCGAGUCUAGAAAUGGAUUCCGAGACGCCCAUCCCACGCCCACCCCGAGACUGCAAUGGAUCUCCGAGACCGCCCAUCACGCCCACCACCCGACGUCUGCCAUGCGACCUCCGAGACCGCCCACUCACGCCCACCACCCGAGUCUGCCAUGGAUCUCCGAGAACGCCCAUCCCACGCCCCACCACCCGAGACUGCCAUGGACUCGAGACCGCCCACCCACGCCCACCACCCGAGUCUGCCAUGGACCUCCCGAGAACCGCCCAUCUCCACGCCCACCACCCGAGCUGCCAUGGACCUCCGAGACCGCCCAUCUCACGCCCACCACCCGAGUCUGCCCAUGGACCUCCGAGACCGCCCAUCUCACGCCCACCACCCGAGACUGCCAUGGACCCGAGAAAACGCACAUCACGCCCACCACCCGAGUCCUCGAGAACGCCCACAUCACGCCCACCACCCGAGUCUGCAUGA